ACAAACCCCCGAGUGGAACACACAAAAGCGCCCCACCACCGCGGACCAUUCCUUUCCUUUGUAUCUCUAUCUAUCCCUCCUCGGCUCCUCGCCCUUUCCCCUCUUGCCCGAGUCGCUAGCCUCCCUGCCCCUGCCCCUGCCCCGCCUCCUCCCGUGGACCACUUCCUCCACCUUCGCUUCCAUAGCAGGCUAGCAGCUGAGCGAGGUCAACUCUUCCGCCGGCGGAGAGAGAGGGAGGGAGCGGGGAAGAGACGGGAGGGUCUCCGCGCACCUGCCAUCAGCCACCACCCGAUACCCAGGUCUUGUCCCGCGCAGAUCUGCUGCUGCCCUUGAGAUCUAAAUCAAAGCUUCCGCUCCGGUUGUUGUCGGUUGGUCGGUACCUGGGCGGCGGCGGCGGCGGCACGGGAGGACAGCGAACAUGUCGUCGAGCACGAUCCGGAAGGCCCUGGGCGCGGUGAAGGACCAGACCAGCAUCAGCCUCGCCAAGGUCACUAGCAACAUCGCGCCCGAUCUGGACGUGCUCAUCGUCAAGGCCACCAGCCACGACGACGAGCCGGCCGAGGAGCGCCACAUCCGCGAGAUCCUCCACCUUACGUCCGGAUCCCGCGCCCACGUUGCUGCUGCCGUGGCAGGGUGCUCCCGCAGGCUCUCCCGCACCCGCGACUAUGUGGUCGCGCUCAAGUCGCUCAUGCUCGUGCACCGCCUCCUUGUCGAUGGCGACCCGUCCUUCCACCGCGAGCUCCUACAUGGCACACGGCGGGGCACCCGCCUGCUGAACCUCUCUGAUUUUCGGGACGAGGCGCACUCUGGAUCGUGGGAUCACUCUGCCUUUGUGCGCACCUAUGCGCUCUACCUUGACCAGCGCCUCGAGUUCUUCCUCCAUGAGCGCAAGCAGGGGUUAAAUGCUGGCAGCAGCAGCAGUGCUAAUGGCCCAUCACCACGGGACCGUGAUCGCUGGGGUUCGCCUGAUCCCUAUGGCCGCCGCUCUCCCUCCUACUCGUCACCCCCUGGGUAUGGAGGAUAUGAUGAUUACCGCGAGAGGAAUGGUGGGAACAAUGAUGACAAGAGGCCACCGACCCCGGUGAGGGAUAUGAAGCCUGAGCGUGUCCUUGCUCGUAUGCACCACCUACAGCAGCUGCUUGACAGGUUCCUUGCUUGCCGCCCCACUGGUGGUGCAAAGCAAAGCAGGAUGGUGCUGGUUGCGCUGUAUCAGAUUGUGAGAGAGAGCUUCCAGCUCUACUCUGAUAUCUGCGAGGUGCUGGCGGUGCUGCUGGACAGGUUCUUUGACAUGGAGUAUGCGGAAUGCGUGAAGGCUUUUGAGGCAUAUGCUAGUGCUGCAAAGCAGAUUGAUGAGCUCUCUGCAUUCUAUUCAUGGUGUAAAGAUACUGGAGUUGCAAGGUCAUCUGAGUACCCAGAGGUGCAGCGUGUCACUGAUAAGUUGCUGGAGACGCUAGAAGAGUUCAUGAGGGACCGGGCAAAGAGGCCUAAGAGCCCACCACGGGAGCCUGAACCUGAGCCUGUUAAGGAAGAACCUGAGCCGGAUAUGAACAGCAUCAAAGCGCUUCCAGCACCAGAAGAUUAUAAGGAGCCUGAACCUGUGAAGGUGGAGGAAGAGGUGAAGCCGGAGCCACCCCCACAGCCACAGGGUGACUUGGUGGAUCUCAGAGAAGAUACUGUUAGUGCAGAUGAGCAAGGUAAUAGGCUUGCUCUAGCACUCUUCCAGGGACCGCCCGCUGCUGGUGGAAACAAUGGUUCAUGGGAGGCUUUCCCUUCAAAUGGUGGCAACGAGGUGACUUCGGCAUGGCAGAAUCCUGCAGCUGAACCUGGGAAGGCUGAUUGGGAGCUUGCCCUCGUAGAGACAGCAAGCAACUUGUCCAUGCAGAAGCCAGCAAUGUCAGGUGGUAUGGACCCGCUGCUGCUGAAUGGUAUGUAUGACCAGGGUGUUGUGCGUCAGCACGUUAGUGCACAGGUGACCACCGGGAGUGCCAGCAGCGUCGCCCUGCCUGCUCCUGGACAGAAGACUCAGAUGCUUGCUCUGCCCGCACCGGAUGGUUCAAUGCAGACUGUUGGUGGUGACCCCUUUGCAGCGUCCCUUGCCGUCCCACCACCAUCCUAUGUGCAGAUGGCAGAUUUGGAGAAGAAGCAACAGCUCUUGUCGCAGGAGCAGAUUAUGUGGCAACAGUACCAGAGGGACGGCAUGCAAGGGCAAUCGAGCCUGAACAAGCUCGACCAGGCUUACCACAAUGGUUUCGCGCCCAACCCGGGCAUGCCCUAUGGGAUGCCCGCGGCGUACAACACUGGGUAUUACUACCCUACUUACUGAGGAAGCCUAUUCUUUAUUCAUCCUUACAGUUGCUGUGAAUUUUUGUUCUGUGUUGUGAUCUUACUCCCAGCCCUGGGGUUGUGUCCAGCAUCAGCUGUUGUUCCCCUGUCUCUGGAUCAAACCUUUUGGUCUGAUAUAUGUAAUGUAAUUUUAUUUGUUUGGAACC